CUGAGAUCAUGGAUCCCUACGUCCCUCCCGAGGGCGAUGCCCGCAUGACCUCGCUGUCCAAGGACGGGGUGAAGCAGCAGAUGCAGAAGCUGAGGCAAACAGCGGCCUCCCAGCUGGCCCUGCGGAAGAUCAAGGAUCACGACCCGGAUUUCAGCACCAAAACCUUCCCUGAGAAAGCCCAGGAGAUAUUUAUUGAGGCCCACAACUCCCUGGCAAACUUUAACAAGCAGAAGCUUCACUCCCUGGUGACCGAGCGCUGCUACCCCGACAUGGUGCGAGGGAACAGGUACAAAACCAUCCGCUGGCGGUUCCUGGAGUCCCUGGAGCCCCCCAGGGUGGUGCACGUGCGCUGCGAGGGCAUCCUGAACCGCGGCAACCUCUACGGGCAGGUGACGGUGAGGAUGCACAGCCGCCAGAUUUUGGCCAUCUAUGACCGCUUUGGGCGGCUCAUGUACGGCGGGGAGGAGAUUCCCAAGGAUGUUCUGGAGUAUGUUGUGUUUGAGAGGUACCUGGUGAACCCCUAUGGAACCUGGAGGAUGCACGGCAAGAUCGUCCCAGAGUGGGCCCCACCCAAGGAGCCCAUCAUUAAGACCGUGAUGAUUCCAGCCCCAGAUCCCUCACAGGAGCAUGAAACAGCGAAGUAGAAAGUUCUGGAACGUGGACAGGGACAGCAAACAGGGAAUGUGCUGGACCUGGCUGUGCCUUCAGGAACGUGCUCCAGCCACCCCAGAUUUGUCCUUUGAGGGGCUGGGAGCAGGACCUGGAUGAGCUGUGGGGGAGCUGGGCUCUGUCCCACACCCCGUGUGCUGCAGCCUCACCCUCGCUGGGUUCCCACGAGGAUGAGGAGCCUUGGGAGCAUCCCCAGCCACCCUCUGUCCUGAAUUCCAGGGACAGCCCUUGGAAUAUUUGUCACCCCCAGGGGAGGGGUCACAGAGCUGCUGCUCCGUCAGUAAAGCUUCACCAGUGGCUUUGGCACCGUU